AUGAAUAGAUUAUCGAGUGAGGAGGAUACAGCUGAUGAGGAGCCCAACAAGAGAAGAAGACUUAGUAGAGAUUCCCGUAGUGAAAGUGAAAGUGAGACAGAUGUCUCAUUUGAAGUGGUAGGUGAGAGAGACGCCUGUGAGGAUGCCCCCAGUGAAGAAGUUGAUUUAAUGAGAGUACUUAAUGAAGUUGAUGAUGAGACACAAGAAGAAGGUAGCAGGGGGAAAACAACAGAGACAAUAGACUUGGAGGAUGAAGCCGCUGAACAACAGGUGAAGGAUGUGCCACGGGAAGAGAAUGAGCAAGAAAAUCCACCAAAACCACCUGCAAAUAAAGCCGUUAGAGAAUAUCACUGCCCCAUUUGCUUUGAACCUCCUGAUACUGCAGUUAUGACACCUUGUGGUCACAUCUUUUGCGUUGCUUGCCUUUUCCAGAUGGUUAAUAGUUCAAGGACACAUCGUAAAAGUGGUAAUUGUGCACUUUGCAGAAGUGAAGUUAAACUAAAGGAUAUCAGAUUGGUAGUUCUCAGGAAACUCAGGGUUAAAAAGAGUUGA